CCCAGUACAGAUAUGGGCCGGCCUUUGAUCCACCGCAUGUGUACAAUUGUACCCUUCCCUAAAAAAAAAUUGUACCCACGUUCCGCUGCCCUGCCGCCGCGUACGUUUCCGCUGACCGCCGCCGGCGCCGCCGCCACGCCAUGAUCCACCACCUCCGAACGCGCGUCCUUUCUCUCCUCCUCCGCUACCCACCAUCCCAUCUCCCCGCCUCCCACCUCGUUCCCCUCCACUGCCUCCUCUCCACCACCGCAUCCAUCUCCCCCAAACCUUUCUCCGCCAAGGACUUCCUCGUCGCCGACUGCGGCCUCACCCGAGCACAAGCACUCAAGGCCUCCAGAAGGCUCUCCAACCUCACCUCCCUCUCCAAGCCCGAGGCCACGGUGGCUUUUCUCUUGGGCCGCGGCGUCCCCCGCUCCGACAUCGCCGCCGCCGUGGUCGCCGAUCCGUCCCUCCUGUACGCCAGCGUGGGGGUGGUCCUCGCCCCCCGCUUCGCCGAGCUUACCGAACUCGGCUUCUCGCCUUCGCAGAUCGUGGCCAUCCUCUCGAUCCGCCGCACGGGCGCUCUCCGCGGCAACCUCCUGUUCUGGUUCGGGAUCUUCGACUCCUACCCCAAGCUGCUCUUUCUCGCAAAGUCAAACCGCGAGCUCCUCAGCGCCAGCCUCGAGAAGGUGAUCAAGCCGAACCUGACCACCCUCCAAGAAUGUGGGAUAAGUGCUCGUGAUAUUGCAGGUUUAAGCUUGUACUCCUGUCGGCUGUUCACCGUGAAACCCAAGUUUCUGGUGGACGCCGUGGCGCGGGUCGAGGAGUUAGGUGUGCAGCGAAGCUCAUGGAUGUUCCGUCGUGCACUCGCUGCACUCGCCUUCAUGCACAAGGACGUUCUUGCCAGGAAAAUACAAUUUUUACAUUCGCUGGGGUUUUCACAGGAUGAUUUGGUGAAUAUCGCCAAGAAGGCGGCACUUGUCCUGGCUUUAUCUGAUAAAAAGAUCCAGCGAUCUGUGGAGUUCUUGAUGAAGGAGGUCGGUCUGCAGGCUUCGUACAUUGCUCGAAGGCCAGCGCUGAUCAUGUAUAGCGUUGAGAGGCGGUUGUUGCCCCGGUACUCCCUGCUUAAGCUUCUCAGGCAGAAGGGAUUACUGGACGUGGAAUUGGACUAUUAUAGCAUGGCAUCGCUGGCUGAGAAGAAGUUUGUGCAGAAUUUUGUGGAUCCUUAUAAGGAUAGUGUUCCAGGCCUAGUUGAUGAGUAUGCCUCUGCAUGUCAUGGGAAAGCACCAGAAGGAAGUGCUCGGCUAUAACACUGAAACUGUGGUGUGCGAGAAUCCGUUCAUUUUGAAAUUAUCCGAGGAGUUUUUUGGCCACAAGACUGAGUUUUUGAUCGGUGAGAUCGGUUCGGAGUCAGAGUGCACUGUGAAUUGAUAAAAAGUCUGUACAGUUCAUGUACUGCAUGAAGAAGUGUCUGGUUCCCGGUAUCAUGAAAGAAGGACAGUGUCUCUGAGCUCGCUGAUAUGUAUACGCAGCUUGUGCUGGGGAGGUUGCCUCCCGAGUCCAACUUUGUCAUUUUAAGAUAUUGAAGACUUGUUGUAUCCUUCAGUGUAGUACAUGUUCAGAUGGUAACACUGCAGAUCCUACCCAUUAGUUACUGUCCAUUGUGCAAACACUCUUAGUUCUUAGUCUCAGCAAUUUAACAACUAGUUAUCCGAUUGCUACAAAAACAAUUUGUGUUUUUUUUUUUGAGGAAUCGAUUACAGUCCAUGUUCAAAUUUUGGAUAUGUGGUACGAAGGAACUAGAUUGUCUUAUUGCCUUAUUGCUCAUGCCUGCUAGCCAGUACUUAUCCCUGCCACACGGCUCAAGGUUAUGCUUUAGUUGGAAUCUUCUUUUACAAAAUGGUCACCGGAGUAUUGACAGAUUAGCUGCCUCUUUUCUCUCAUCUGCUCAUACUGUUUUUGUUUCUGACUGAAGUUUACAUCACUGGCUAGUCACUGCUGCUUCUUUGAGGCGUUGUCAUUUGUUUUUAGCUAAUGGAUCACUCCCAUUCCAACUGUUGUUUUAUCUGUCCAUUACACCAUUAAGGCUUGACUAAUGGGCUUGUAGAUAGUGGCAAGAGUCACUACAGAGAAGGGUUUUCUUAUCAAGCACUUUUAGAAUAAUAUUGGUGUUCUAAGGAGCAACCAAAAUUUCCUGCCUGUUUAUGAACUAAUUUGGUGGCUCUAGGUGCUCUUCGUGGGCUGGGGCUCACAUGGGCACCGACUUCAGAGCCCCGAUAAAAAUUCUGUCGUACAAAGCUUACAGGACAUGGUAUAUAUUACAAAAAUGUUUAUUUGUAUUAGUAUACGUUUUAAAACAAUAAUAUGUUCAGUGCCAUCACAAAAAUGAGAUAACUCCCCUCCAUGCUACUAAAGUCAUCCAUCUCCUGAUUUUUGCUUAUAUUUCUUGGCUAAAAUAGGCAUACAAAAUAGUAAGUAUUUCCGAAAUAGUAAAAUGUAGGGUAGAAGAAAUAUGUUUCUGUUUUUGGAAACUUUGAUGCAUUACUCAUUGAUUUUAGGUUGUUUGUAAAUAUGCUGGAGCAGCUUGAGCUUGAGCAAGAUGGUAUGUGUACUCAUUUGUUGUUAAGUAAAAUGCUUGCCCUGAAUAAAGUUGUAUAUCCAGAAGAAAUGAAUGUCACACAGGUCCAUUUAGCAGUUGGCUGGUAACAGGAUUUGGCAAGGGAAAAUGAGGCAAUCAGUAGUAUGGUUUGCUUCAAUGCUGACAGUAUAUUUGUAUAUAUGCAUGCCAUGUUCAAAAGACCAAGACCAUGGGUGUGUGGUAUAGAAAUUAAUAUGGAUAUUCAAUAUGGAUUUCUUUUUAUCUUUGUUUGCGAAAUGUCCCUUAUGUGUGUACACUGUGCACUAUUAAGAUCGGCCAUCGGGUGGUAGGCUGGGUACAGCAUUACUCGGUAGAUGCCAUGAUGGAUCAUUCAUUCACGUGACAUCUGUUCGAUUAGCAUGUUGUAGGCCCAGAUAAGAACAGCUACCAGUUGGAAUUGGGCAUCAAACAUUUUCUAUGAUUUUAGGACUAGAAAUUAAACUAAAAAACUUCUUUGGUUUUGUCGAUGGAAUCAACUAAUUCACCCCAUUUUAGAAAAUAUGUGGAAUGACAUUAACACACACUCUUCUAGUGUGGAUCUGUUUUGUGGGGGCAGACAUCUAAUCAUUCUGGCGCUGCUAGGUGCCUCUGCAGCCUAGUUCUGAGGUACUUCCUCCGGUCCCUUUUACUCUGCACAUUGGAUUUGCCGAAAGUCAAACUUUGCUAAGUUUGACCAAAUUUAUAUUAGAAAUUAUUAUCAUCUACAAUAUCUAAUAAAUAUAAUAUGAAAAUAUAUUC